CUGGAAAAGCUCAGUGCAGUUUUUCCAGUUCUACGCCGGCCACAACGAUACCGAUUUGACAAAGACGAAUAUCACGCUGGGUGAACUUCAGGAAUUGGUUCCGGAAAUUGACUGGCUAAAAUUCCUGUCCAACUACACGGUAGGGGAACAAAGGAAAAGCCUAAGCAUGAAGACUAAAGUAUUGUUGCGCGGCGAGAAGGGGAUGUACGCAAAGUAUUCCACUCUACUACGCGACACAACGACAAUGCAAAACGCGGCAUUCUUCAGCUGGUACGCCUACGUGAUGAACGACCGUCAGCUCACGCGCGCGCCGUUUUGUCUCGUGCUGUGGCAUGAAAUGUUCAACAAACUGUCCGAGCACUAUGUGGCCAAAUACCUCUAUGCCGAUGUGGACCUUGGCAAUGUGGAGACCCUGACUGAAAGUAUCCGGGCAGCCUUCAUCGAAGUGCUCGCCGAUAACAAGUGGCUGGCCCCGGAAAACAAGAGAUUUCUGAUCGAAAAGAUAAAAAACACGCCCGCCUACCUUGGCUACAACAAGAAUGCGCUCGACCUGAAGGUGGCCGACGAGUUGGCCGAGUUUAUUUCCAUUCCCGAUGACCUUUCGCCGAUCGAACAAGCGAUGGUGCAAACUCGGGCGAAAUGGGUGCGACAUAAUUAUGAUCUCGGCGACAUGGUGACGAUGGGUGCGUUGCCGCUGUUCGACGUGAACGGGCAAAACGUCGACAACAAAUAUAUUGUGCUGACGGCCGGCGGCUUUGCCAAGCCAUCAUUCGACCCGCGCUGGCCGCUCGAAUUCAACUACGGUGGCCUCGGGAUGUUGAUUGCCCAUGAAUUCUCGCACUCCUAUGACGCGACGGAUGACCUCCCAUCCGGCAACGUUGGCAACGAUACCAACGAGUUUCUGGAGCGCCAGAAAUGCAUCGUCGACCAAUUUGGGAACGUCACCCACUCGAACGUAUACCUCAACAUCUCCGUCGCGGGUGACGGCUGGAAUCAGAAAGAGGAAGCUGCAGCUGAUCAUCAGGGAACGCUCGUGGCAUUUCGGGCCUAUCGUAAGCAGCGCAAUCGGCUCUUCGGCAGUAAUCCGCCAAAGUUGCCCGGUCUCCAGAAGUACACCAACGAUCAGCUCUUCUUCCUCGCCCAUGCUCAGAACUGGUGCGGGCAACUCGACGAGCUGAAGACGCCAGCGUAUGCAAAUAUCUUCAAGAAACGCCACCCUCCCUACUCGGUGCGCAUCAACGAGGAUAUGAAGAACCUGGAGCCAUUUGCGACGGCGUUCAAGUGUCCGCUGAACUCACCGAUGAACCCGGAGAAGAAGUGUCGCGUUUGGCGCCACAUCAAAAAGCGC